AUGGAUACUGUUGGGAUCCUUUCCAUCCUUUUAUGGCUCCUCUGGAUCUCAGCUUCAACGUUAUCCGCAGCUACUUUUUCCUCUGAUGAGAUUACUGGUAUUAUACCGAUAAAUAAUACUACUCUGGAACUGCUUCCCACCGUAUUAGCUGAAUUUUCUCCAAUUUCAAAACCCAUGAAGAAUUCCACAUUCGGGAUUGGGAUGUUUCCUCAGAACCAAUAUUGGGAGAACCUUAACGGGGUAAUUUGGAUGACGGGUUCUUCUUCUGCUGAGGAAUCUAUUGUGGGUUCUCUUCAGGAACCAGUUUUCUUUGGUCUGGGAAUUGUAAUGCUGACUUUGGCCACUCUCCUGGCGAUUUUUACUUCACCAAUGUUGAGGAGAUUCGGAAAUCUUAAGUUCGUUAGAGAAUUAUGCAGAUUUGGAAAGGGAUAUGAAAAAAUUCUUGUGAAUCAAUGCAGGUCAGCGAUUCAGAAAUUCCGAAAUCCUGAAUCUCGGUCGACCGAUGAUGUAUUAAGUUUCAGCAUCAGCAGGGUCUCUCCUCAGCGAUCAACUCCUGAAACAUUCUACUCUACUUUCCAUGAAAUUCCUGGAAGAAGAAAGAUCUCAGAGGAAAAGUGGAAUGAAAUCACCAAAAACUCCACAAACGCUGCUCUGGAGAGCCUUUUUACUUCGCCGGCAUUCGGUCAAUGGGCUGUUGCUCAAGCUGAUAGACUUACUUUAGCUCCCAAGAAGGUGGAAGAAGUUCGAAUCCAGGUCCCGAUGGUGGACGCGGUUCCACAUUGGGAUGAACAGUCCAGUGUUGCGAGCACUAAUCAGCGAUCCAGGCGUCGAGUGCAAGAACCGACCAAGCUUAAGGACUUCAUCCGGAUUUAGAUAAUUAUUCUGUUUUUGUUUGUAUAACAGUCAAGAUGAUAC